GAAGGAGGCAGUAGCAGUCAGUAUCUCUCUCCCUCUGGAUCUAAGCAUAUAGAACAGAGGCACCUGGAGUCCUUGCUGUUUCACAGCCCUCUCUAUCUCUCUAUUUCUGCAUCUGCAGGCCAACCAGAGAGCCAACCGGAGCUGUUGUUGAUGCUUCUACAGGGAUCUGCUUUGGCUCAGUGAGAGGAGGCCGUAACUCACCUGCGCUCACAGACACACACACAGACAAACAGCCAGAGAGACACACACUCAAGGUUUCCUGGCCCAUCCCCCUAACACACACCUUUGGAGUGCACUGUGAGAGAGGAGGAGAGGAGUACACCGUGCUGGUUCUACUCUAUAGUAAUGUCGUGGGACUGUGGCCUGAAGUACAUGUUCUCUGUGUCCCCGGCGCUGAAGCCGGGGGGUGUGUGCGCCCUGCACGACAAGGAGGACCUGUCCCAUCUAGAGAUGGUCCAUAGACUGGCCAAGGACGGAUGUCGCUUCCUCCAGAAUCACAACAACAGCAGCAAGGCCGCCCCAGAGAGGACAGCAGAGGCCCACAGUGACGAGGCAGUCCGUGUAUGUCUGCGGGAGCGGGGCCAGGAGGUGCUGGUGCUCCAGAGAGUGUCGUCACAGUGGCCAGCCCCCUCCGCAUCGGCCAGGGGAGGGGGGAGACCCGAGGAGGGGGACAGGAGGUACGUGGUGGUGUCAGGGACCCCAGAGAAGAUCCUAGAACACCUGCUGUCUGUCAUGAGGCUGGACAACCACCAUGAUGACCAGGGGAGCACACAGCAGAUCAAGGAGUCAGAGCCUCUCCUGGAUGACUUCCUGCUGACAUACCUGGUGUUCAUGUCAACCAGUGAUCUGUGUCAGGCUCUCCUGGGACACUAUUGUUCAAAGAGACACCACCGGGGGAAAGAGGAAGGGAAGGAGGUUCUGGACAGGAAACGUCAGGUCCUGCACCUGGUGACACAGUGGACAACACUGUACAGGGACUUCCUACGAGAAGACGAGCAUGUUAAACUCUUCAUGAAGACAUUGUAUCGUUUCCUCCUGGAUGACCUGUAUGAGUAUCCAACUCUAGAGAAGGAGCAGAAGGACCUGCAGAAACUCCUGCGGCUGCAUCGCAGACAGUGA